CCUCUGUGUCCCAUUUCUCCCAGGAGAGAUCCCAGACCUCUACUCCGAUGAUGAAGUUGAAAACAUCAUAAACAACAUGAGGAAUGAAGUCAAGAGUCAAGGUCUGGUAGACAACAGAGGGAACUGCUGGAAAUUCUUUAUAGAUCGGGUCCGACGACAACUGAAGGUGACUCUCUGUUUCUCCCCUGUGGGGAACAAGCUGAGGGUCCGCAGCAGGAAGUUUCCAGCCAUUGUGAACUGCACAGCCAUCGACUGGUUCCACGAGUGGCCUCGGCAGGCAUUGGAGUCUGUCAGCCUUCGCUUCUUGCAGAACACAGAAGGCAUUGAGCCCACAGUCAAGCAGUCGAUUAGCAAGUUCAUGGCCUUUGUCCACACAAGCGUCAACCAGAUGUCCCAGGCUUAUCUGAGCAACGAGCAACGCUACAACUACACAACCCCUAAGUCAUUCCUGGAGUUCAUCAGACUCUACCAGAGCUUGCUGCGCAGACAUGGAAAAGAGCUCAGGUCCAAAAUGGAGCGUCUCGAGAACGGACUGCUGAAGCUUCACAGCACCUCCGCCCAGGUAGAUGAUCUGAAAGCCAAGCUGGCCACCCAGGAAGUGGAGGUGAGACACAAGAACGAGGACGCAGACAAGCUGAUCCGGGUGGUGGGCAUAGAGACGGACAAGGUGAGCAGAGAGAAAGCCAUCGCGGACGAGGAGGAGCGGAAGGUGGCCCUCAUCAUGCAGGAGGUAAAGCAGAAACAGAAGGACUGUGAGGACGACCUGGCCAAAGCGGAACCGGCGCUCACAGCAGCCCAGGCAGCCCUCAACACCCUCAACAAGACCAACCUGACGGAGCUGAAGUCCUUUGGCACCCCGCCACUGGCAGUCAGCAAUGUCACGGCCGCGGUGAUGACCCUCAUCGCCCCCGGGGGCAAGGUCCCCAAGGACCGGAGCUGGAAGGCCGCGAAGGUCAGCAUGGCCAAAGUGGACAGUUUCCUGGACUCCCUCGUCAACUUCGACAAAGAGAACAUUCACGAGAACUGCCUCAAGGCCAUCAGGCCGUAUCUGCAGGACCCAGAGUUCAACCCCGAGUUCGUGGUCACCAAGUCUCACGCGGCUGCGGGCCUCUGCUCCUGGGUGAUCAACAUCGUGAAGUUCUACGAGGUGUUCUGCGACGUCGAGCCCAAGCGCCAGGCGUUGAGCAGAGCCACCUCGGACCUCACCGCCGCCCAGGAGAAGCUGGCAGCCAUAAAAGCCAAAAUCACUCACCUUAAUGAAAACCUGGCCAAACUCACAGCCAAGUUUGAGAAAGCCACGGCAGACAAGCUCAGAUGUCAGCAAGAAGCCGAAGCGACCGCAGGCGUCAUCUCCCUUGCAAAUCGCCUGGUGAGGGGACUGGCCUCAGAGAACGUGAGGUGGGCAGAGGCCGUGCAGAACUUGAGACAGCAGGAGAGCAAACUCUGCGGAGACGUGCUUCUGACCACGGCUUUCGUUUCGUACCUCGGCUUCUUCACGAAGGGAUAUCGGCAGAGCCUCAUGGACGGCACCUGGCGACCCUACCUAAGCCAGCUAAAGGUGCCCAUCCCGGUCACCCCCACCCUGGAUCCCCUGAGGAUGCUGACGGACGAGGCCGACAUGGCAGCCUGGCAGAACCAGGGCCUCCCCGCAGACCGCAUGUCCGUGGAGAACGCCACCAUCGUGGUCACCUGUGAGCGCUGGCCGCUCGUGGUUGACCCGCAGCUACAAGGCAUGAAAUGGAUCAAGAACAAAUACGGCAAGAACCUCCGGGUCACCCGGAUUGGUCAGAAGGGGUAUCUCCAGACCAUAGAGCGUGCCCUGGAAGCUGGAGAUGUGGUGCUAAUCGAAAACCUGGAAGAAUCCGUUGAUCCUGUCCUGGGUCCCCUGCUCGGGAGAGAAGUCAUCAAGAAAGGACGAUUCAUCAAAAUCGGAGACAAAGAAUGUGAAUACAACCCCAGCUUCCGGCUCCUCCUUCACACCAAGCUGGCCAAUCCUCACUACCAGCCCGAGCUGCAGGCUCAGGCCACCCUGAUCAACUUUACGGUGACCAGGGAUGGCCUGGAAGACCAGCUGUUGGCCGCCGUGGUCAGCAUGGAGAGGCCGGACCUGGAGCAGCUGAAGUCAGAUCUCACCAAGCAACAGAACGGGUUCAAAAUCACCCUGAAAACACUAGAAGACAACCUGCUUUCUCACCUCUCUUCAGCAUCUGGGAACUUCCUGGGGGACACAGCCUUAGUGGAGAACCUGGAGACCACCAAGCAGACGGCCGCGGAAGUCGAGAAGAAGGUCCAGGAGGCCAGGGUGACGGAAGUGAAAAUCAACGAGGCCCGCGAACACUACCGGCCCGCAGCCGCCCGGGCCUCCCUGCUCUACUUCAUCAUGAAUGACCUCAGCAAGAUCCAUCCGAUGUACCAGUUUUCUCUCAAGGCCUUCAGCAUCGUCUUCCAGAAGGCAGUGGAGAAGGCCGCUCCGGAUGAGAGCCUCAAGGCGCGUGUGACCAAUCUGAUAGACAGCAUCACCUUCUCCGUAUACCAGUACACCACACGUGGGCUCUUCGAGUGUGAUAAGCUGACCUACCUUGCCCAGCUUACCUUUCAGAUCCUCCUCACGAGCGGGGAAGUAAGUGUGGCCACGCUGGAUUUCCUGCUUCGAUCUCCGGGGCAGACGGGCGUCACCAGUCCCGUGGGCUUCCUCUCCCAUCAGGCCUGGGGUGGCAUAAAGGCACUUUCAUCAAUGGAAGAAUUCUGUAAUCUGGAUCGAGACAUUGAGGGAUCCGCCAAGAGUUGGAAGAAGUUUGUGGAAUCGGAAUGUCCUGAGAAGGAGAAGUUUCCACAGGAGUGGAAGGACAAGACAGCCCUACAGCGCCUCUGUAUGAUGAGAGUCAUGCGGCCUGACCGGAUGACCUACGCCAUACGAGAUUUUGUUGAAGAGAAGUUGGGAAGCAAGUACGUGGCGGGAAGAACGCCAGACUUUGCGGCCUCGUUUGAGGAAUCAGGACCAGCCACACCCAUGUUUUUUAUCCUGUCUCCAGGCGUGGACCCCCUGAAAGAUGUGGAAAAUCAAGGUAAAAAGCUCGGCUACACCUUCAACAACCGGAACUUUCACAAUGUGUCUUUGGGGCAAGGACAGGAGGUAGUGGCUGAGGCUGCUCUGGACCUGGCUGCCAAGAAAGGUCACUGGGUUAUUUUGCAGAACAUCCACCUGGUGGCCAAGUGGCUGAGCACCCUGGAGAAGAAGCUGGAGGAACACAGUGAGAACAGCCACCCAGAGUUCAGGGUCUUCAUCAGUGCGGAGCCAGCACCCUCCCCUGAGGGCCACAUCAUCCCCCAGGGCAUCCUGGAAAACGCCAUCAAGAUCACCAACGAGCCUCCCACAGGCAUGCACACCAACCUACACAAGGCCCUGGACAAUUUCACUCAGGACACGCUGGAGAUGUGCUCCCGGGAGACGGAGUUUAAGAGCAUCCUCUUUGCUCUUUGUUACUUUCACGGGGUGGUGGCGGAGAGACGAAAGUUUGGGCCGCAGGGGUGGAACUGCCCUUACCCCUUCAACACUGGGGACCUCACCAUCUCUGUGAACGUGCUGUACAACUUCCUGGAGGCCAACGCAAAGGUCCCCUAUGAUGAUCUGCGCUACCUCUUUGGAGAGAUCAUGUAUGGAGGCCACAUCACAGACGACUGGGACCGGAGGCUCUGCAGGACCUAUCUGGAGGAAUUCAUCAGACCGGAAAUGCUAGAAGGAGAGCUGUGCCUGGCACCCGGGUUCCCACUCCCGGGCAACCUGGACUACGCUGGUUACCAUCAGUACAUUGAUGCCGAGCUGCCGGCAGAGUCGCCCUACCUCUACGGCCUGCACCCCAACGCCGAGAUCGGCUUCCUGACCCAGACCUCGGAGAAGCUCUUUCGCACGGUCCUGGAGCUGCAGCCGCGGGACGGCCACGCCGGAGAGGGAGCAGGGGCCACGCGGGAAGAAAAGGUCAAGGUCCUCCUGGAAGAAAUACUGGAGCGAGUGACAGACGAGUUCAACAUGCCGGAGCUGAUGGCCAGAGUGGAGGACCACAGCCCCUACAUCGUCGUGGCCUUCCAGGAGUGUGAGCGGAUGAACAUCCUCACCGGAGAGAUCCAGCGCUCGCUGAGGGAGCUGGACCUCGGCUUAAAGGGGGAGCUGACCAUGACCAGCGACAUGGAGAACUUACAGAACGCCCUGUACCUAGACACGGUGCCAGAGCCCUGGGCCAGGCGAGCCUACCCCUCCACGGCAGGCCUGGGAGCCUGGUUUGUGGACCUCCUCGACCGAAUCAAAGAGUUGGAGGCCUGGAUCGGAGACUUCACCAUGCCUGCCACGGUGUGGCUGACAGGCUUCUUCAACCCCCAGUCCUUCCUGACCGCCAUCAUGCAGUCCACGGCCCGCAAGAACGAGUGGCCACUGGACCAGAUGACCCUGCAGUGUGACGUGACAAAGAAGAACAGGGAGGACUUCAGGAGCGCCCCUCGGGAGGGGGCCUACAUCCAUGGCCUCUUUGUGGAAGGCGCUCGCUGGGACGUACAGGCAGGGGUCAUUACGGAGGCGAAGCUGAAGGACCUGACACCCCCCAUGCCCGUGAUGUUCAUCAAGGCCAUUCCUGCAGAUAAACAGGACAGCCGCAGCGUCUAUCCUUGUCCCGUGUACAAGACUUCCCAGCGGGGACCCACCUAUGUGUGGACUUUCAACCUGAAGACCAAGGAGAAGGCAUCUAAGUGGGUUCUCGCUGGAGUCGCUCUGCUUCUCCAGAUUUAGCCACUGAGAACACAAGGCCGGGCUGGAGGCUGCCCAGAGGGACAAGGCGGGGAGGGGUGACACAGAUGCAUAGAUAAGAAAUCGCAUGUACUUGGGGCACCUGGCUGGCUCAGUCGGUUAAGCAUCUGACUUCAGCUCAGGUCAUGAUCUCACGGUUUGUGAGUUCGAGCCCUGCUGACAGUUCAAAGCCCGGAGCCUGCUUCGGAGUCUGUGUCUCCCUCUCUCUGCUCCUCCCCUGCUCAUCCUGUCUCUCUCUCUCUCUCUCU